AUGGCAGAGGAAUCGAGAGAUGAGGAAGGAACUAUAGUCAGGAACCCUCUGACGCCAGCCACCUCUGCCCAAGACGAAAAGUUGGAUAAGCUGUGCAACAUGUUCGAGAAGUUUAUGACGAACCAAGGAGCAUCCAAUCAGGGAAUACCCAACAUUCGGAAGCUUGUGAAGGCAUGCCAACUCUGCAUGGCAACUUCACAUGCAACCGAUGAAUGUCCACAACUUUUCGAAGAUGAAGAGCUUAAUGCCAUUGGACAACAACCAGGAGGAAACAAUGGAGGGCAGAACCAGAAACCUUUUGAGCCCUACAGACAGCAGUAUAACAAUCAAGGAUGGAGGCAACAUGAGAACCUUAGGUACGGCAACAACCACUAUUUGGGGCCAAACCAAGGGCAAACGAGUAACCCACCACAAUACUCGCAACAACCUCAACAAGCAAGAGGGUCUUCCUUAUCAGAGCUAGUGCAUCAAAUGGCUCAGCAACAAGUGAAGUUCCAGAGUGAGACCGAAAAAUUCAUAAUGGAGACAAGAGGAGGAAUGCAGAAUGUGAACUCCCAACUAUCACAUCUUGCCCAAGCAGUUGCCAGACUUGAAAGCAAACAAGGGACACUCCCGGCCCAAGUGGAGGUGAAGAAGGUGAAUGCCAUGACACUCAGAGGAGGAAAGGAACUACCCGAAGUGGUGACAGAGAAAAAACGAGAAAAAUCAGAGAUUAACGAGCAAGUCGGAAUGGGAUCAGCAGAUGAGGAAGAAUUUGCCAGAGAGAAAGAGGCAAAGCUGAAGGCGAUUGGGAAGGGAAAAGAGAAAUCAAGCCAGACCGAACCCAUACUUCCUUUUCCAGGCAGAGCAGCCAAGGAACAAGAAAAAGAAGAAUUAACCGAGCUGGUCAAAAUCUUCAAGAAGGUGGAAGUCAAUAUGCCCCUUUUGGUUGCAUUACGCUCUAUGCCUAGAUGUGCGAAAUUUCUCAAAGAACUCUGCACUAGGAAAGUCAAAUACACUGAUGAUGCAAAAUUUCAAGUGGGAGAAUCUGUAUCCGCGGUCUUACAAAGAGAUAUGCCGAUAAAAUGUGGAGAUCCUGGGAUGUUCUACAUUCCUUGUGUGAUAGGAACAAUGAAAGUGGAGAAGGCGAUGCUCGAUUUGGGGGCAUCCAUCAACGUUAUGCCCUUAUCCAUGUACCAGGACCUGGAGAUAGGACCGCUGAAGCCCACCCGAGUGGUAAUCCAACUGGCAGAUCGAUCAAGUGUCUACCCAGAGGGGAUAUUGGAAGACGUGCUGGUCAAAGUAGAGGAACUCAUCUUUCCAGCGGAUUUUUACAUUCUCGACAUGGGGAAGUCAAAAGCACGAGAUCCUGUAAUACUUUUGGGCAGACCAUUUCUAAAGACCUGCCAGGACUCGUAUAGAUUGUGA